AUCUGCAACGCCCCCGCGACCUUUCAGCGGGCCAUGAACAUGGUUUUUCAGAAUUUCGUGAGGAAGACUCGUUUGGCGCAGAGUAUCAUAAACUACUGCGUGAUUGUGUACAUGGAUGACAUCUGGGUGUAUUCAAGUUCCUACGAGGGACACGUGCAACACAUCGAAUGGACACUGCAUGCGUUACGAGAUGCGGGUUUCAAGGUGGCGCUUGAGAAGUGUCAGUUUUUCCUCACCACCAUUUCCUUCCUAGGGCACGUGGUGACAGACAAGGGACUCCAACCGGAGUUGCAAAAGGUGGCAGCUGUCAGGGAUGCGCCGGUGCCUACGACUAUCACGCAAGUUCGCGCCUUUCUGGGCCUAGCCUCGUACUACCGAAGAUCUAUCAAGGGCUUCGCGGCAAUUGCGGGACCCCUCACAAAUCUGUUGCGCAAGGAUCAGCCGUUGAUCUGGACGCCGGAGUGCGAUCAAGCGUUUUCCAAACUCAAGGCCGCUCUCAUUUCGGCUCCGCCGGGGCGCCGCCAGCUGAUUGCACAGGAGCUCAUCGCACCGAUCGUGCAAUUGGCGGACGAUCUCUCGCCCGACAUCUAUUCACAGAGUGACGAUAGUCCUGCUCCGUACAUUUUCGAGCGAUCAUUGGAUCCGUACCUUCAGUGGACUGCGUGCUUGGAAGAACCUAGGGACGAGGAUACGCUACCAUCGCGGCAGGAGUAUCUGAAGCCGUACGAUAUCAUCCCUCACGCCUUCUAUCCGAGGGCAGAGGAAGUGGUGAUCGACGACGACGACGAAGAGGACGAAGACGAGGAAACAUCGGAGGAGGGAAACUAUAGUGAAUAUAGCGAGGGCGAGCUGAGCGAAGGAGAAGAGGAGGAAGAAGAAACCGGAUCUGAGUGGGAAGCCUUGCCGGAGGAAGCGACGCGUACGGGAACGGAGGCGGAAGAUCCGGAAGCGGCGCGAAAGCGCGAAGAAAUUGCCACCGGGAAGCGCCAGCUGGAGUUCGCCAGCAAAGCAAGCCUGCGCAUCGGUAACGAUCUGACCAGGGAUCCAGAGCCGCCGAAGCCCUAAGAUGGCGACCCUGCGGCCGCCACCUCAAGUA